AUGGCGGCUGUCAUUAAUAUUAAAUCGACGCUACAGAAACGUAGUUUACGGACCUAUGCAGCUCCAACUCCUCAAAUGUUAGAGAUGAGUAAUUAUGGUAAACUAUUGCCUCCACAUCCAGCACAGGCGAAUGUCAUGCCAAUAGGUCCAACGCCUAUAGUGAAUAUGGUUCCAGUAGUACAACAUGGCUAUAAAAAACGUCGUCGUAGGUUUUAUAAUCGAUCCCACUUUAUUCAGCACCCAUUGCAUGCUCCGCCAACAGUAAUUCCUCCGCCAAUGAUCGAUCAGUACCCGCCAGGUGGCAUUGCACCACAGUUUUUACAUAAAUCUUCAUAUGCUGCACCUCCUGCCAGCUACCUUCAACACCAACUGCAUCGAGUAUAA